UCGCACAGUUCUUUCUGCGCCGCUGAGGUGGCAGGUCGCGAAAAAAUUUAGUAACCGCUAAGCUACUAAGUAAAACUUUACUGUUCACGUAGUUAAUAAACCCUCGAUUUGAACAUGGGUGACAUGUUCCGCAGCGAGAAGAUGGCCCUGUGCCAGCUGUUCAUCCAGCCGGAGGCGGCAUACGCCUCCAUCGCCGAGCUGGGCGAAAGUGGAUGUGUCCAGUUUCGCGAUCUGAACGACGAGGUCAAUGCCUUCCAGCGGAAGUACGUCAACGAGGUCAGGAGAUGCGACGACAUGGAGCGGCGCCUCCGGUACGUGGAGUCCGAGAUGAAGAAGGACGAGGUAACGCUGCCGGUACUGCCACCGGGAGAGGAGCCCAGUGCCCCCAAUCCCCGAGAGAUCGUAGACCUGGAAGCUCAUCUGGAGAAGACCGACAAUGAACUGCGCGAAAUGUCCGCCAACGGAGCCAGUUUGGAUGCCAACUUCCGGCACAUGCAAGAACUCAAAUACGUGCUGGAGAACACUGAAGGCUUCUUCUCAGAUCAGGAAGUCAUUAAUCUGGACGUCAACCGAAAACUCGACCCAGAGGACCCUGCAAACUUGCCAGGAGCCGCCCAGCGGGGUCAACUGGCCUUUGUUGCUGGCGUUAUUAAGCUGGAGAGAUACUUCAGUUUCGAGCGCAUGCUGUGGCGCAUUUCCAGGGGAAACAUCUUCCUGCGGAGAGCCGACAUCGAUGGCCUUGUCGCCGACGAGGAGACCGGAAGACCCGUGCUGAAGACCGUCUUCGUGGCCUUCUUCCAGGGCGAACAACUGAAGCAGCGGAUCAAGAAGGUCUGCACGGGCUAUCAUGCCGCCGUGUAUCCGUGUCCGAGCUCGCAUGCGGAGCGAACAGAGAUGAUCAAGGAUGUGAAUGUCCGUCUGGAGGACCUCAAGUUGGUGCUCAGCCAGAGUGCCGAUCACCGCAGCCGGGUUUUGAACUCAGCCUCCAAGCAUUUGCCACGCUGGUCGAUUAUGGUGCGCAAAAUGAAGGCCAUCUAUCACAUCCUGAACUUCUUCAAUCCCGAUGUGACGGGCAAGUGCCUGAUUGGCGAGGGUUGGGUGCCCACCAACGAUAUUCCCACGGUCCAGGAUGCACUGGCUCGCGCCUCGAAGAUCUCGGAGAGCUCCAUACCGGCUUUCAUGAACGUCAUCGAGACGAAUGAGAUGCCCCCAACAUACACGAGAACCAAUAAAUUCACCAAUGGCUUCCAGAACUUGAUCGACUCGUAUGGCAUGGCCUCCUAUAGAGAAGUGAAUCCGGCUCUGUACGCCUGCAUCACAUUCCCCUUCCUGUUCGCCGUGAUGUUUGGUGACUUGGGACACGGCCUAAUCCUUCUGCUCUUCGCCUCAUGGCUGAUCAUCAAGGAAAAGCAGCUGGCUUCGAUCAAGGAGGAGAUCUUCAACAUAUUUUUCGGCGGCCGAUACAUCAUCUUCCUCAUGGGCAUUUUCUCCAUUUACACCGGAUUCAUUUACAACGAUGUGUUCUCAAAGUCCAUGAAUAUAUUCGGGUCCGCCUGGCACAUGAACUAUACGAGGGAUGUGGUUCAGGACGAAAACCUCAAGUAUAUCACGCUGAGGCCAAACGAUACUGUUUACAAGACCUAUCCCUUCGGCAUGGAUCCCAUUUGGCAACUGGCCGACAACAAGAUCAUCUUCUUGAACACCUUUAAGAUGAAGCUGUCGAUCAUUGUGGGCGUCAUCCACAUGAUCUUUGGCGUCUCCAUGUCGGUGGUCAACUUUGUCUACUACAAGAAGUACGCAAGUAUCUUCCUAGAGUUCCUGCCCCAAGUCCUGUUCCUUCUGCUGUUGUUCGGAUACAUGGUCUUCAUGAUGUUCUUUAAGUGGGUCGUUUACAACGACACCGUUGAAGGAGCGCUUUCGCCGGCUUGUGCUCCGUCCAUCCUGAUCCUGUUCAUCAACAUGAUACUGCAAGGCAGUCAGGACACUCCGGAGCCCUGCAAGGAGUUCAUGUUCGACGGUCAGAAGAGCAUCCAACAGGUCUUUGUGAUCAUUGCCGUCAUUUGCAUUCCUUGGAUGCUUCUGGGAAAACCGCUGUACAUCAUGAUCAAGCGCAAGAUGAACGGGGCUCCCCCACCAAAACCCACCAGCGGUGGAGGCGAGGGUCAUGGUGAGGACGACGCCAUGGGCGAGAUCUUCAUCCACCAGGCCAUCCACACCAUCGAGUAUGUCCUGAGUACGGUUUCCCACACGGCGUCGUACCUCCGAUUGUGGGCCUUGUCAUUGGCUCACGCACAGCUCUCCGAAGUGCUGUGGAACAUGGUGUUCUCCAUGGGAUUCAAGUACGACAGCUACAUUGGCGGCGUUCUCAUCUACGUAUUCUUUGGAGCCUGGGCGUUGCUCACAGUCGGCAUCCUGGUGCUCAUCGAAGGACUCUCGGCCUUCCUGCACACACUGCGUUUGCACUGGGUGGAGUUCAUGAGCAAGUUCUACGAGGGCGCUGGUUACGCCUUUGAGCCUUUUGCCUUUAAGACCAUUUUGGAUGUCAGCGAUGAUGACUAGGAGCUUGGCACCAGAGGUCAAAGGGGAAAGACAGGGCGCAGGACGCACUAUCUUAAAGCAUUUUCAGUUUAUUCCGCUCUAUCUUUCGUUCUUUCACGGAAAAAUAAAUUUCGUAUGCAUACACAA